AUGUGGAGAGAUAACAUGAUGUUCUGGGAACGCAUCUGUUGCCCGAAACAAUCGACUAUACCGUUUUGGGUCAUGUUUCUCAGCUUCUUCUUGCUAGAGAUUGUCGUGCUGACGACUUCGCUCAUCGUCAUUCCGUCGACGAUGAAAACCAAUUCGCCCCUGCUGGACAGUGGCUUGCCGGCCAUACUCCGUAUCUCAUCCUGGGGAGCUAUCAUUAAGCUGUCGCACAUGUUUUCCCAGCGCCAUCGUGUAUGGAAAGUGUCGUUCGGAUUGCAACGGUUCGAUAGCAUUUUGCAAAAGCUGGACUUUCGUUUGCACAACGAAGAGAUGAACUAUUGGGUGAUCGUUUGGACUAUUGAAUUACUGUUGGGGACGAUUUGCCUCAACGCAACCGGCAUCAUCUUCGGUGGCAUGAUCUUCAACUACGGCACCCUGAUCCUGCUGAUUGUGCUCAUGAACAUCGCCAAUCUCCCGUACACCAUAUUUUUGAUCUGGUUCAUCGUUGGUGAGUUGUGCGUUUGGUAUCGCAUCAAAAUGCUGUCCACGUUGUUGCAAAAUGGCCGACAAGCAGCGCUGACCAGUGACCGGAAGGAUCACACUAGGUAUAGGAAGCUCGCAAUGGAGAUUAGUAUACUGCACUACGAAUUGUCGACAGUCGUGCAGAAUAUUAACAGCGUUUUCGGUGUCCAGCUCAUGAUGUCACUCUGUGCGUACACAAUUUUGAGUAUUUUUGCCUUAUUCUCCUACUACCGAGCGACCGUCGUCGAUCGUGACCUAGAGACCCACUUUUGUCAACUAAUGAUUUCCUGGGUUAUCUACAACAGUGCCACGGUGUGGCCAGCCAUCUUGUUCGGUGCAUUAGUCUACGGUGGUGCAAACCGAUUUGGCAAAGAGGUACACGCCUUUCUGCGACAAGCGGAAGAUGAACGAGCCCAGAAUCAGUUUUUCACUUUGGCGCAGCAGUUGGAUCAUCGGUCAAUCGCCAUCAAGACGGGUUUGUUUUUCGUCAACUGGCCAGUUUUUGCUUCGGUGAUUGGCUACAUCGCUACCUACAUCGUGAUCUUGAUCCAAUUCGAUAGUAAAGCGAGAGAGAUUAAUGGCAUCAACAAUCUACCGGAGACGAACCCGAAUCACACGACUUUCCCUGAACCUUUCGCUAAUCAAACCGUUUAUUAA